CAGCGCAGCCGGAAGUAGGAGCAGCGUGGAGAGUUAGCCGAGCAGUGGCUAACAACUGUAGCAUCAAACCGAGUUUAACGCUCCGUUAUCCAACAUGGAGACCACGACAGACGGGACGUGGGACAGUUUACCGGUUAAACUCAACGAGAGGAUUUUACAGACGAUCGACGAACUCAAAUUCACUCACAUGACACCUGUACAGUCUGCUUGUAUCCCGCUGUUCAUGAGGAAUAAAGAUGUGGCUGCUGAGGCGGUGACUGGGAGCGGAAAGACGCUUGCUUUCGUUAUUCCCAUUAUAGAACUGCUCCUGAAGAGAGAGGAGAAGCUAAAGAAGAUGCAGGUUGGCGCUCUGGUGGUCACUCCCACGAGAGAACUGGCCCUUCAGAUCAGUGAAGUGAUGGAGAAGUUCAUUCAGAAGUUCCCGCAGUUUACGCAGAUUUUAUUGAUUGGUGGCACCAACCCGAUAGAGGAUGUGGAGAAGUUCAAGGAUCAGGGAGCGAACAUUGUGAUUGCGACACCGGGCCGUCUGGAGGAUAUGUUCAGGAGGAAGUCAGACGGUCUGGACUUGGCCAGCUCAGUCAAGAGUCUCGAUGUUCUGGUCCUGGACGAGGCCGACAGACUGCUCGACAUGGGUUUUGAAGCCAGUCUGAAUACCAUCCUGGGCUACCUGCCUAAACAGAGGCGUACGGGCUUGUUUUCGGCCACUCAGACGCAGGAGCUGGAGAAGCUGGUGAGGGCCGGCCUCAGGAACCCGGUUCGCAUCACCGUCAAGGAGAAGGGCGUCGCUGCCACCUCCAGCCAGAAGACGCCCGCUAGACUCUCCAACUACUACACUAUUUGUAGAUCAGAGAACAAAUUCAACAGCCUGGUGACGUUUCUACGGCAACACAAGCACGAGAAGAAUCUGGUCUUCUUCAGUACGUGUGCAUGUGUGGAGUUCUACGGUCGGGCUCUGGAGACUCUGGUGAAGAAGGUCACCGUCCACUGCAUCCACGGCAAGAUGAAGAAUAAACGCAACAAGAUCUUCGCUGACUUUCGGGCCCUGAAAAGUGGGAUCUUGGUGUGUACAGAUGUCAUGGCCAGAGGCAUUGAUAUUCCCGAUGUGAACUGGGUGCUGCAGUACGAUCCUCCCAGCAGUGCCAGUGCCUUUGUACAUCGAUGUGGACGUACAGCGCGCAUCGGCAAUCAGGGUAACGCCCUCGUCUUCCUGCUGCCAAUGGAGGAGUCCUAUGUCAAUUUCUUGGCCAUCAACCAGAAAUGCCCUCUCCAGAAGAUGCCCCCUGUAAGUGAUGUUGUGGACGUGCUGCCCAAAGUGAAAGCCAUGUGUCUGGCAGACCGCGCCAUGUUCGACAGAAGCAUGAGAGCCUUCGUCUCGUACGUCCAGGCCUACGCCAAACACGAAUGCAGCCUCAUCUUCAGAAUCAAAGAUCUGGACUUUUCCUCCUUAGCCCGCGGCUUUGCCCUCCUCCGCCUCCCGAAGAUGCCGGAGCUGAGGGGAAAAACGUUCCCGGACUUCAUCGAGACGACAAUAGACACAGAAACCAUCCGCUACAAGGACAAGAGCAGGCAGAAACAGAGAAAGAAGAUGCUAGCCGAGCUGAAAGACAAGAUUCCCUUUCCCAAGAAACACUUCAUCAAGAAUGAGGCCUGGUCUAAGCAGAAGACAAAGAAGAAUCGCAGGAAAAAGAUGUCGGCCAAGAGGAAGCACGAUGAGGGCUCUGACGUGGAAGACGAAGACAUGAACGAGCUUUUAGAUGACACUCGCCUCCUCAAGAAACUAAAGAAAGGGCAAAUCAGCGAGGAGGACUUUGAGAAACAGAUAACAAGCAAACCAAAAUCAAAACACAAAACAGGAGGACCGUCACACGACAGCUCGGUGGGAGAGGACGUAGAGGCAAACAUGUAAAAACAAAUUCAAUUAAAUCCAAAACAUUUGUUUCCCUUUCGAUAAUGGGUUUUUAUUGAGAACUGAAAGGCACAGUUAUAAAUAAAGCUUGAUGAGUUCAUCGCUGACAGCAGACGGGGUGAGGACUCCCAGGUCAGUGAAGAGGAGGGUGAUGAGCGAGGGAGGCGUGUAGUCAAUCAUCGGAUGCUCUUCUGACAGGUUCUGUACAGUCUUCAGGGUGUCUGCUUUGUACUGCGGAGGCGAGGAGGAGACACGUAAAGAAAACACUCAACAGGAUAAGAAAACAACAUUAAAUCCUCUGACGUCGUACCUUAAAUUUAUCGGGCACGUCCUGUUGGUUGAGCGGGUACAGGCGGACGAAUUUAAAACUCUCUGCCACGACGUAGAAGGGCUUGUUGUGGGCUUUAGAGCACAAGGCCAUCUGAUAAGUGCCGAUCUGCAAGAGCAAAGGGGAAACGCUUUAGUUCUCCGUUUGUAUCUCUGGGCUUAACCGUACUCCACCGAUUUAUCAUCUCACUCCUAAUAUUGCCAGACUCACGAUGGAAGUGAGAGAUGCUAAAAAAUAUAUAAUAUCCACAUAUUCUCCUUCCUUGUCAUAUUUGUAUGACAGUGUUUUGUUACGAUUCGAGCAGAUUUCACUUUGUUUUUCUUUCUAUAGGUUUAUUGUGGCUUAUUCUACUGUCAGGAGUACAUAAAAUAUAAAAAAGUGACACAUUUUAUGUAUAUUUCUUAUUAUAUCCAAAACUAUACGAUGAACCCGAAUUCAAUAUCAAGUAACUGUAGGAAGUUUGUGUAAAACAAGUGAUUUGGAUGAAUUUGGAGCAGAUUAUUUCCUGUUUAGGGAACUUUUUAUACAAUUCUGUCUGUAUUAUGUAUUUAUGUAUCAGUUUUUAAUCAUACAGACUUAAAAGGCUUAUUUUUACCUUAAUGUACUUCCCAGUUACAUUUCUUGACAUUAGUGAACCAAAUGUUGAGAUUUAGGCCUACUGUGUUAAUUUCAAGUUUUCUAGCACGCCUUAAAAGUACACACCAGUUACACACCAGUUAUCCAGACUGACGAUUCACUGAACACACACCUUGUUGAUGAUCCCUCCGCUCUCAACGACUCCCUCUGCACCGACAAUAACUAGGUCGACUUUCUCCAAAACAUACCUGCAAAAAAAACCCCCCAACAGAAUCAUACUGAAUAAAAGCAACUGAGCUCCACACUGACACAGUUUGGUUUUAAACUUCAGUGUUUUUACCCCACAGCUGCAUCCAGGACUACUGUUACUGGAACAUUGAGUUUUCUCAGGGCUUCGGCCAUCUGUCGCCUGAACACAGAAAGGAUAAAGGCUGAUUCAAUGAGUGCGUGUCCCUUCAGAAUAAAACAAGGACACAGUUUACUGACAGUAUUCACUCACCCAGCUGAGUCAGGCUGCGAUUCAGUCACAUAGACAGAGAAGCGUUUCUUCUCCGCUGCAGCUUUUUCCAUCACCCUGAGGACGACUCUGGAGUACGAGUGAGUCAGGAUUUUCUGUGAGAGAAAGCAAGAGAAAGGGAUUGAACUGCCUAAAUACUGUAUUGUAUGCCUGCCUACAUCUGAACUGUGCUGAAUCACUGGCCAACUCACAAUUUAUGUGUUUUUCCUGGAGGAUAAUGAUGAUCUUUAGUCGGAGCAGUCAGGUUUUUAGAGCGGCUCGUCGCAACAAUAACUGCUGUUGUGCUGAACUCUUCAUAGACCUGGUCUGAUACAGGGCUCAUUUACUCUUAACUGUAAUCAUUAAACUGCUCCGAUACUGUGACUAGGUACUUGUGUAAGCUCCUGUUAGUUGAGCAACUAACAGGCGGCAGUUUGAAGAUAUUAUAAGCAACUUUUACAAUAAAACAUGUUUUCAAAAUCA